UUUCUUAACUGCGCAAGUGUUCAAUUUGAGUCCACGCUUGCGCAGUAGCUCUCUUUUUGGUCACACCGAGCGUGGUAGCAAUAGCGCGCAUGCGUGUGUGUUGGGGGGGUUGUAGGGGUGUCACCGGUACAGUUUCCAUCCCGGUUGCAAUUUUCCGUCCUUCAGCUGGACACGACAAGCCGGCACCAGCAGGUAGCUCUGAACCGGAACCACCAUGGGCAACCUGCAGCUCACCACUGGGCUGUUUACAACCGGGGCGCCCCCACCUCAACCUGACAGCAGGUUCACCAGCAGACCCAUCAGUAGAGGCAUCACCUACUACCAAGCGUGUCACCCUUCGUCUACUUCCUCCGCUACCCAUGACCCACUUCACGCCACUCUUUCAUCACGAGCCUCACCGUCACCCCGGCCCCUCCUCCUCUUCUUCUCGUGGCUUGGGGCCCACCCGGGUGCGGCGGCCAAGUAUUUUGACGCCUUCCUGGUGCGGGGUAUGGACGUGCUGCUGGUGCAGAGUGGUGUCAUGCACUUUCUGUGGCCCCGCUGGGGACAGAACUACGCGCUGGAGGUUUUGAAGGUCCUGGAUAGGCCCGAGUUUUCAGGACGCCCCUUUCUGGUGUACGCCUCAUCAAUCGGGGGCUACACCUUCACGCAGGUGCUGGUCCACGUGGCGCACGGGCACGCCAAGCAUGCAACUCUGCCUCACCGGGUUGUGGGGCACAUCUACGACAGCCUGGUCGCUGGAACCCUGGAGCACAUGGCAACAGGCUUGGGGAGGACUCUGGUUCCCUUCCUGGAGCGUGUCAUCAAAAGAACGGCCAUGUUAUAUUUCUGGCUCUUCAAAGGCAGCACGGCCGAUGUGUACCAGCGCGCCGUCCGGGUGUUUGCCAGCAGCCCCGUCACGGCCCCAGCGCUCUUCUUCUCCAGCGAAGACGACCCCCUGUGCGAUGCUGACGCCCUGGUGGCCAUCGUGGCCGGGUGGCGACGCAGAGGCAUGACCGUUUACAGCAGAAAAUGGGAGGUGUCCAAGCACGCCGCACACAUGCGUUACCACCCGGAGGAAUAUCGACACACGCUAGAGGCCUUCUUGGACUCUCUGCCUUUGAGCCCGUCUCCUCACAGCACAAAUUUACAUUAAAUAUUUUAUUACAUCCAUCCAUCAUCCAUCCAGCCAUCCCAUUAAUUCAUCCAUCCAUUUUCUAUCCUUCUUAUCUAUAUAUGCACAAUUUAGUAAGAAAUAUGAUCGAUUUGUUUGUUAUUGGAGCUACUGGUAUGAAAACACCAUAGUGGGUUUGGCAAUAAAUAAAAAAAAAUUGGUUUUGAUGCUUUAUUGACAUUGAUAUUUCAGAAAUUUUCCGUUGAAAUUUCAUAUGUACAUUUGGUUCUAUUAAAUUUUAUUAACAUGAA